AUCAUGGUGGGCACGGAGCCGUUUGGCCGCGACAUGCCGCCGCAGGAAGCCGCGGCGCUCGUGCUCGAAGGCCACCGGCUCAGCAUCGACGCGGCCUCGGCGUGUCCCGACGAACACCGAUCGCUUCUCGCCGCGUGUCUGCGCUCCGACCCGCAAGCGCGACCGAGUAUGAUGGACAUUGCACGCACACUCGAUGACUGGCUCCGCGCCAACGCGCUCUCCAAGUAG